GUGUGUGUGUGUGUGUGUGUGUGUGUGUGUGUGUGUGUGUGUGUGUGUGUGUGUGCGCGCGUGUGCGCGUGUGUGCUCUGCGGGACGGACUGCGCAUCUCUCCGUGUUGAAGUUAAACCUGUUUCUCUCUCGCCCCGGAGCAGUGCUCUCUCUCCUGUCCUCAGCUCUCCAAUCGGUAUGGCUAUGCGGGCCAGGACGGGAUUCUACCGGCAGGAGGUAAACAGAACCGUGUGGGAGGCUCCGGAGAGGUACCGGGACCUGAAGCAGGUCGGAACAGGCGCGUAUGGAACCGUGUGUUCAGCAUGGGACCGCCGGAUGGGGGCACAGGUGGCCAUCAAGAAACUUCACCGGCCCUUCCAGUCCAAACUGUUUGCAAAAAGAGCGUUCAGAGAGCUGCGACUCCUCAAACACAUGAAGCACGAAAAUGUUAUUGGGCUGCUGGAUGUCUUCACUGCUGAGAUCGCAUUGGACCGCUUGCGUGAUUUUUACCUGGUGAUGCCGUUCAUGGGAACCGACCUCGGAAAGUUGAUGAAGAUGGAGAAACUAUCCGAGGACAGAGUGCAGUUCCUGGUCUAUCAGAUGCUGAGAGGACUCAAGUAUAUCCACUCUGCAGGGAUCAUUCACAGGGACCUGAAACCUGGAAACUUAGCCAUUAACCCAGACUGUGAGCUGAAGAUUCUUGAUUUUGGCCUGGCGAGGCAGGCCGACGCUGAGAUGACCGGCUACGUGGUGACGCGCUGGUACAGAGCGCCCGAGGUCAUCCUCAACUGGAUGCACUACACACAAACUGUGGACAUCUGGUCGGCAGGUUGUAUCAUGGCAGAGAUGCUGCUGGGAAAGCCGCUGUUCAAAGGAAGUGAUCAUCUGGACCAGCUCAGAGAAAUCAUGAAGAUCACAGGAACCCCAGCUACUGACUUUGUGGUGAAGCUACAGAGCCAAGAUGCCAAAAACUACAUCAGAAGUCUACCCAAAGUGCCAAAGAAAGACUUGCACUCUAUUUUCUCCAAAGCCAGCUCCAAUGCAGUGUGUGUGUUGGAAAAGAUGCUGCUCCUGGACCCCGAGCAGAGGGUGAGCGCCUCACAGGCUCUGGAUCUGCCUUUCUUCAGCGAGUUCAGAGACACUGAGGAGGAGACGGAGGCGCAGCCCUACGAUCAGACCAUGGACAACACAGACCUGCCGUUGGACCAGUGGAAACGUCACACCUUCACAGAGAUACUGACCUUCAGACUGCCCAGGGACUCCAGAGAGACGGCACUUUAAGAGCACACACAACACACACACAAACACACACACACACACACACACACACACACACACACACACACACUUGCACGUGCACACAACAUGACACACACUCACACAUACACGCCUGCACCAUUCUUUUCUUGUUGAUCUUGGUACAUUUUGUAGCACUAAUUGAUAGUUUGUUUGAAUUGUUUUCCUCAAUAAAUGAGAUUUGCUUAAUUGUUAACUGGCUCAGUUGAAUUGCGUGAUGUGAUACUACUUUUAGUCGUAUUUUAUUUUUCAUUUAUUCUCAUUCUAUGUAUUUCUAUUUUAUUAUUUGCUCUGUUUUUGACUAUGUAUUCUCAUGUUUAGUUGAAUUUUUGAAUUCACUUGUUGUCCGUGUGUUUGUAUGUUAA